AUGAGUUUCUCCAAUGAGCCAUUCUACCUACGCUACUAUUCUGGUCAUUCCGGUCGUUUUGGCCACGAGUUCCUAGAAUUCGAUAUUAGGGUUGUAGGGGACGGUCGCAGUGCGGUCGUUCGAUAUGCCAAUAACUCCAAUUACCGAAACGACAGUUUGAUUCGCAAAGAGAUGUGCAUCAGCGCUACCAUCAUCGAUGAAAUUAAGCGCAUCAUAAAAUCGAGCGAAAUUACCAAGGAGGACGAUUCCAAGUGGCCCCAAAAGAACAAGGACGGUCGUCAGCAAUUGGAAAUUCGGCUCGGCAAUGACCACAUUUCAUUUGAGACUGCCAAAAUAGGAUCGCUAGUCGACGUCACCGAGUCCGCCGACCCCGAAGGCCUUCGAGUUUUCUAUUACCUUGUCCAAGAUUUAAAGGCUCUUGUUUUCAGCCUUAUCGCGUUGCAUUUCAAGAUUAAACCCAUUUGA